UCGAUCGCCGAAAACUGACGUGAUUCUCGCGUGAACUCGUACGACAAAACGGUGCUUGGAACAUACAGAGUGCGCGUGUGCCUUUCGCCAGUGUCCUCUGAAGCCGCCCGGUUCCGAUCCUUCGCAGGAUUCGAUUUCCCCGAAAAGGCCCCUGUUCGGUGAAAGAAGCACCAAAACUCUCGUCACCCUGCUGUGUGUCCAUCACGCGGUUUUGCCUCGGUAGUGUCGCGUGUCACAAGUGCUUGCACGGGAUUUUCCUUCGAGAACAUCCCGCCGCCCGCCCGCUGGUCGUCGUUCGCGAGCGGACACAAACGCACACGCCGCCACACAUGAUUGCCAAAUAGCGCCGCCCGCAGCACAUAACCUCCCGUGGUGCACUUAUUCUUACCUUUGCUUGAAAAUUUCGAGAAUUUCACACCAGGACUUAAAAAACGGUCAGUUGGCCCAGGCGUCGGGCACUGACCACAACAAUCUGCACCUCCUGGGACUGACAAACGCCAACGCCAAGCCGCCUUGGUGACCAGUGGCCGCCUUCACGACGGCCGCCAACUUCAACCACCAUAAAGGCUGUCUCUUUGUUUGAAGUUUCUGUUAAAUUUUGAUUGAUUGUGGGCAUCACCUCGAUCAGCGCCUCUCGGACGACUCUAGUCGCGUAUACACCAAGAAAAACAAUACACGGGACAAAACCACAUCACCACCCUCUGCACACAAGAUGAAGUUCCUCGAGAAUGACUCGGACAAAAUCCAGAUCGUCGACGGUACGGUGGACGUACCAAGGAUCAUCGAUGCGAUGGUCGACCAGAUGCCGACCGAACAUCCGUUCUACGUGAUGGACAUCGGCGACAUUGUGCGCAAGCACCAGCAGUGGAUCGAGAAGAUGCCACGUGUCGUGCCGCACUAUGCGGUCAAGUGCAACGAUAGCGAAAUCGUGUGUGCAACGCUGGCAGCUCUGGGGGCAUCUUUCGACUGUGCGUCGAAGGGCGAGAUUGCGAAAAUUCUCUCGCUCGGUGUCGCACCGGAGCGUGUCAUCUUCGCGAACCCGAUGAAACCGGCUUCGCACCUGAGGUACGCCCACGGGAACGGCGUUAAGACGAUGACGUACGACAGCGACACAGAGCUGCGCAAGAUUAAGCAGUUCUGUCCGGAUGCAAAACUGGUGAUCCGUAUUCGGUGCGAAGCGGAAAAAGCGCAAUGCCCGCUCGGCAAAAAGUUCGGUUGUGAUCCGGUCGAAGAAGCGCCACGGCUCAUCAAGAUCGCCCGCAGCCUGGGGCUGGAGGUGAUUGGCGUAAGCUUCCACGUCGGUUCGGGGUGCGCCGAUUUUCCAAUCUACUACAAGGCCAUCUCGUACGCCCGAGAUCUGUUCGACUAUGCGGCGAAGCUCGGCUGCAACUUCAACUUGCUCGACAUUGGCGGCGGUUUCCCGGGUGACACCGGUACCUCGAUCGACGAAGUGUCCAUGAUUGUGAACUCGGCGCUCGAAAAGUUUUUCCCCGACAAGGCGGCGGUCCGAGUGAUCUCCGAACCCGGUCGCUACUACGUGUCGUCGGCGUUUACGUUGGUCACAAACGUACAGUCGAAGCGCGUUUGCCUGAAUGCGCGCACUGGGGCGAUUGACCGAAUGAUGUACUACCUCAAUGAUGGGGUGUACGCUUCGUUCAACUGCAUUUUGUACGACCAUCAGAUACCGCACCCGAAGCUGAUUGGCCGCCAGGGUGGCAAACUGUACAAUAGUACCAUCUGGGGACCGACGUGCGAUGCGCUCGAUCAGUUGAUCGAGACGAUCGCCUUGCCGGAGCUAGAGAUCGACGAUUGGGUCGUGUUUGAGAACAUGGGCGCCUACACCAUUCCCGUUGCUAGUCCCUUUAAUGGGUUCGAACUGCCGAAAAUCUAUUGCUACAUAAGCAAGGACACUUGGAAAAUGCUGGAGACGCUAUUCCCGCUACAGAACGAGUGUUCAGGAGGCAAAAACGUGACCGAGCGGUUGAUGAACAACUUCGGAACCAUGGUUUGUGCCUGAAGCCGAGCGAUGCCUCUAGGAGAAGCACGUCGACGGGAGCUCUUCCAAGCCGUAGCUCCCGUUCCAGCGUCCGACGAAUCCGACGAUUUGUGCUCUCUUUUAGCGCUUUCUAAAGCUACAAAAUCUCCUCACCUUUUAACGCUUUUACAACGUUUCACACUUCCUACGGGAAGACAAACUUCAAUAAACGAAGAGGCAGCCUUUACACCAAUGUCUGUUAGA